AUGCCGGCCACCACGGCAGAGACACUGUCCCUCGUGACACGCACAGUCUCCGUGGCACCCCUCGUCCUUCUCUCUGCCGCAGAUCACUACGGCCGAACCGCCAAAGGAACCCGAAAGCGAGUCGUCGGAGUGUUGCUGGGACAGAACGAUGGCACAAACGUGAGGGUAUCGAACAGUUUUGCAGUUCCCUUCGAGGAAGAUGAAAAAGACCCCACCGUGUGGUUCUUGGAUCACAACUUUGUCGAAUCGAUGAACGACAUGUUCAAGAAGAUCAACGCCCGGGAGAAGCUUAUAGGAUGGUACCACUCCGGACCAAAGCUGCGUGCGUCCGAUUUGGAGAUCAAUGAGUUAUUCAAGCGAUACACACCCAACCCGCUACUUGUCAUUAUUGAUGUUCAGCCAAAGGAAGUUGGCGUGCCAACGGAUGCAUACUUUGCGGUCGAGGAGAUCAAAGAUGACGGUACUACAACGUCGAAGACAUUCGUUCACACACCAUCUAUAAUCGAGGCUGAGGAGGCUGAAGAAAUCGGAGUGGAGCAUCUCCUCCGUGAUAUCCGCGAUGUCGCAGUCGGUACGCUGAGCAACAGAAUAACAGGACAACUACAAUCCUUACAAGGCCUCCACCUCCGCCUACGAGAUAUCGGACAAUACCUGCAGAAAGUUCUCGACCACGAGCUACCCGUCAACCAUGCCAUCUUGGGCAACCUCCAAGACAUCUUCAACCUUCUUCCCAACUUGUCCACACCCAAAUCCGCCAACGAGGCAAACGGUACCGAAUCCGAUAUCGAGAAUAGCGAGCUUGUACGCGCCAUGAGCGUCAAGACAAACGAUCAACUGAUGGCAAUUUACCUCAGCAGUCUGAUCCGUGCCAUCACAGCAUUCCACGAUUUGAUCGAGAACAAGAUCCAGAAUCGCCAACAACAGGAAGAACUCGAAGGAAAGAAAGAGGAAGAAACAGCGAUAGCCAAGAAGGACGGCGCAUCUACAUCUGCCACAAAUGGCGAGCAGGCAAAGGAUGAAAAGGAUACGAGCAAGGAGAAGAGCUCAAAGAGGGGGUCAUAA